AGCUCAGCGGCGCCUGCCCGGGCGCCCACGCCGCCGACGCCGCCGGCCCCACCGGGGAGCUCAGCACCGCCGAGAGUGCAGGUGGAAGACGGCCCUCUCAGCCAGAGCAAGCAGGAGCUGCAGAGCCGGGAGCUCCGCAUGCUGCCCUACAUGAUCUGCGUGGGCGACGCCGUGCACAACUUCGCCGACGGGCUGGCCAUGGGCGCCGCCUUCGCCGCCUCCUGGCGCACCGGCCUGGCCACCUCGCUGGCCGUGCUGUGCCACGAGCUGCCCCACGAGCUGGGCGACUUUGCGGCGCUGCUGCACGCGGGGCUCGGCGCGCGCCGGGCGCUGCUGCUCAACUUCGCCAGCGCCCUGCCCGCCUUCCUGGGGCUCUACGUCGCCCUGGCCGCCGCCACCAGCCACCACUUCCAGGCCUGGAUCUUCACCGUGGCCACCGGGCUCUUCCUCUACGUGGCCCUCUGCGACAUGCUGCCGGCCAUGAUGAACGUGCAGGACGCGCGGCCGUGGCUGCUCUUCGCGCUGCACAACGCGGGGCUGCUGAGCGGCUGGGGCCUGCUGCUGCUGCUCUCGCUCUACGAGGAGAACAUCGCGCUGUGAGCGCGGCGCCCGCGGCGCCCGCGGCACCGGGCACGGGGGCGGCCGGGGCGCCCCAGCCUCCCCCUAUUUAUUUAUUUAUUGUUGGGGGACGAGAGCAGCCAGAAUAAAGCCAGCGAGACGGUGCACGGC